CCGGUUCGGCUUCGGCAAGAGCAUGAGGGACGGCGCGGACACCGUCCUGCGCGUGGAGUCCGCAGAGCUGAGCCAGACCGAAUUCUGCAACCCCGCCUUCGAGCCCGAGUGGGGGCCGCCUCACCCGCCACCCGCCUCCUGGGGGGAUGCCCGCCGUCCUGCCCGCGCUGCCUGGCACGGUUGGCGUCCCGGAGGGCUGCCACCCGACUGGCACUUCGGAGGGCUGUGCGCCCUGCUGCUGGCCAGCCUGCUGCUGGGGCUGCUGGGGCUGGUGGCCGUCCUGCUGGCCCAGCUGCAGGCUGCACCCCCACCCGGAGCUUCCUCUCCUCCGCUGCCCGCCAGGGGCCUCGGCAUCUCUGGCACCCCUGCCGCCACCGCCACCUCGGGGACCCCCAAGGGGCAGCGAGAGGCGGGCCUGAGCCUGGCGCCCCAGGCCUCCUGUGGGGGCCUCCUCCUUGGACCACAGGGCGUCUUCAGCAGCCCCAACUACCCAGACCCCUAUCCGCCCGACACCCACUGUGUGUGGCACAUCCGGGUGCCCGCAGACCGGGCCAUACAGCUCCGGAUCGAAGCUCUGGGCACGGAGGGCACGGCCUCCUGCCUCUUCGACCGCUUGGAAAUCUCCCCAGAGCCGGAAGGGCCCCUCCUCAGGCUGUGCGGCAGGGACCCGCCCCCCACACUCCACACCAACGCCAGCCGCCUCCGCGUGGCCUUCGUCUCGGACAGCAGCGUGGAGGGGCGAGGCUUCCGGGCCUGGUUCCAGGCCGUGGCCCGGGGGCGCGGGAGCUGUGCCCAGGACGAGGUCGCCUGCGACCAGCUCACCUGCCUGCCCCCCGGCUCGGCGUGCGACGGGCUCCCCCGCUGCGCUGACGGCAGGGACCAGGGCGACUGCAGCACCCCCUCAGGGGCUUCAGGAUGUGGCGGGAACCUGACGGGGCUCCAGGGAAGUUUCUCUGCUCCCAGCUUCCUGCAGGGGUACCCUCAGCGACUGCUUUGCACCUGGCACAUCUCCGUCCCCGCCGGACAUGGCGUAGAACUGCAGUUCCUCACCUUCAACCUGGACGCCCAGGGGGAGUGUCAGUCCGACCACGUGGCGGUGUACGAGGCCGGCAGCUCGGGGGCCCUGGGCCUCCUGGGCAGGUUCUGUGGGGCAGAGCCGCCACCCCGCCUCCUCUCCUCGCGCCCCCGGCUGGCCGUGCUCCUCAGGGCAGGCCGUGGCUCCGGGGGCUUCUCGGCCACCUACCGGGCCCUGGACGCCUCAGAGAAGCCCUGUGGGCCCACGGGGCCCUCCUGCCAGGACCCGGGGUGUCGGCGCUGGAUGUGUGACCUGCGGCCAGACUGUGCAGAGGGCAGCCCCGCCCAGUGCGGCCCCGUGUCGCCCCCUCCAGCGCCGGCCUGUGAGCCCGUCCGCGUGGCCAUGUGCCUGGGGCUCAGCUACAACGCCACCGCCUUCCCGAACAUCUGGACCGGCGCAGCCGCCCAGGAGGAGGCGGGGGAGGUGCUCAGACAGCACGAGGUGCGGGAGGGGAGGAGGGGCGGGGUGGGGCGGACGCUGGGCGCGGCUGAGGCUGACCUCCUCCCGCAGAGCCUGGCCCGCCUUCCCUGCUACCCGAGCCUCCGGAGGCUCCUCUGCGGGCUGCUGGUGCCCCGCUGCACCCCGCUGGGCAGCGUGCUCCCCCCGUGCCGCUCUGUCUGCCAGGAGGCGGAGCACCGAUGCCAGUCUGGCCUGGCACUGCUGGGUACCCCCUGGCCCUUCAACUGCAACCGGCUGCCCGAGGCCGCGGGCGUGGAAGCAUGUGCCCAGCCCUGACGCCCUCGGGGCCCGCCCUCCGCCCGCCCACUGCCUACGGGGCAGCCGGGCCUUCUGGGGCCUCGAGGAGGAGGGACCCUCCGCAGGCUCCUUCUGUCCCUGCACCUCCAGCUGUGCCCUUGGCAACCCAGCCGCUUCCCACUAAGCCCGACCCCCAUUCCUGUCUCCUGCCUCCCCCUCCAUCUGCUUCUCCAGGUGUCUCCGUCACCCACCUUUUAAAAUGUAUUUUUAUUGCCUUCAGAGAGGAAGAGAGAGGGAGAGAUGGAAACAUCCAUGAUGGGAGAGAAUCAUGGGUCGGCUGCCUCCUGCACGCCCCUCAGUCCGCAGGUCGCGCUCUACCCACUGUACCACACCGGCCAGGGCUCGGCCCCAGCCUCGGACCGUUUUGUUUGUUCCCCGAGUGCCUGGGCUGUACGGGCCUGUCCUGGGCCGGGACCCAGACGUCUGCCUUCUGCCUGCAGCCCUCUCGGCCCUCUUCUCCGCGCACAUUUCUCGGGCAACACCUCCCCGACCGCCCCCG